CAGCAGAAUCUCCUGUGCCAAAGUAAGCUGAGAAAAUGAUUGAGAGAUCCAGGCCUGGAAGAACUGUAGAUGAACAUUGAUCAUUUUUAUUUUUACAAAGGAACCAGGAAUCAUCUCUGUUUGUUUGAUUAGCCAAUGACCAGAACCAGGCUCUCCCACUGACUGCAAAUCAAAGUAUCAUUGUCUAAUCAAACUGUACCCGAUAAAUCCACAAACGUGAAGGUAUGAGUGGGCGUGUGCAUGGUUGUGUGUUUCUGUGUUGCCCUGUGAUGGACCGGCGACCUUUCCAGGAUGGACCCUUCCUCUUGCUCAAUGACCCCUGGAGAAAGGCCCCCUGUGACCCUGAACAGUAAAGCAUGGAUGGAUGGAUGGAUGGAUGAUCAAACUGUAGGGUACUCUAAAUCUGGCAGGAGAUGACACACAGGAGUUUCUGAUUAGAUAAUUUUGUUCUUGACACUAAACUAAAAAAAACUGACAGCAUUCAGAUAGAAUCUCUUAAUAUCUUGGAGGUGCUAGCCGACAGCUUGAAUACACCUGAUCAUCUUUCUGCUGCUGCUGUAGAAACCAGCCUGACUCAGUUCCUCUCUGAUGUUUCUCCUCAUAGACCCUCGAGGAAGAUCCUCUCCUCGUCCCCAUUCAUCUCUGUUCCUCACAAAAACAAGAUGCUGCCUGAAGCUGAGCUGAGUUAAUAAGAGCUAUAAAAGAAGGCGUGAUGUUGUCGUGUCGCCCCCUGCUGGUCACCUGGGCACUGCUCAUGUCCUCAGUCCAAAGCCAGAGCUGGAGGCCCUGCACAGACCUGCUCCCUAUUGACCUGUUGUCCAGAGCCCUGCCACCUUCAGGACAAACCACGCCCACUCAGGUGCAGAUGGUUCAGUCCAGAGGGUCUAGAGGUAUCAGACUGACCGGUCCAGUACCGACAGCUCUGAGUUUUGUUGCCUCCCAGGUCUUCACCAACUGUGACUAUUUUCCUUCUGAGUUCUCAUUGGUUGCCACAAUAAAGAUGCAGAGACUGAGGAAGAAGACCAAUCAGUACAUCCUUUCUGUGGUGAAGGAGGGAUCUGCGUCACUGUUGCUGGGGCUACGUGUCUCUGAGAACCGUCUUCACCUUCUGACUACACCCCCUGGUGCUGGGGGGCGUAGAAGGAUAAGUUUUAAAAAUGUAGGAUUGGACGAUAACAGAUGGCACACCCUGGUUCUGGCUGUGACCGGUCAUUACGUAACGUUGACCGUUGACUGUGGACUACCUGUGGAACUUAAACAGGUUCAGUCCUUCUCUAGUACUUUGAGCACCCGAGGUUCCAGCUUCUUCAUUGGCAGCAGAGGGCACUGGAGGGGCCGCUUCUCUGGUCUGCUUCGUCAGCUGGUUCUUCUUCCAGGCUCAGACGCCACGCCCAGACUUUGUCCCAACUCCGAACCCAGUCUGGCAGAACUGUCCAUCCCUCAGGUCCUCAAGUCCUCCACACUCCAGCAAGACCAGCAAGGCUUGGUUUAUCCAUAUGAGGCUGAGGCCAGAGUGACUGGAGGCAAUCGUCCUCCGUGUUCAGGACCAGAGAAAGGUCAGCUGUGGUUCAAUGUCCAGAGGAAAGGUCUGUUCAUCUGUGACGGGAUGAUGUGGAUGACUCUGGUGCAGAACAAGGAGCGUCUGGACUAUGUGGAGGACUACCAGGACCUGUACACCCACUCAGAAACCUUUGACGUGGAGGUCUUCUCCAUCCCAUCCGAAGGCCUGUUCAUGGCCGCAGCCAACAGGGACUCUCGACCCGGUUCUGGUAUUUACAGAUGGAUGAAUGGGUCGUUCCAGCUGUACCAGAACAUCAGCACUCAGGACGCUCGAGCCUGGAAACACUUUACCAUCAAUGAGAAGGUUUUCCUGGUGGUGGCGGACAUCAGGAAGGUAGAGCCUGAGCUGUCAGUCAUCUAUCGGUGGAAUCGGCGGCAGAAGCGUUUCCUUCGCUAUCAGACUCUGGAGACUCACGCUGCUCAGGACUGGGAGGCCUUUCAGAUCCACAACAACAGCUUCCUGGUGGUAGCCAAUCACAGGCGAGCCAGAGACUCCAACCAUAACAUCCACAGUGUGAUCUACAGGUGGAACCCUGACACAAAGCUGUUUGAGGUGAACCAGACUCUGUCCACAUCUGGAGCAUAUGACUGGGAGUUCUUUACCAUCGGACCAUACCAUUUCCUGGUGGUGGCAAACACCUUCAACGGUCAGACCACCACCAUCAGCUCCACCAUCUACGUGUGGCUGGACGGGUGUUUCCGGGCCUUCCAGAACAUUACGACGGUCGGAGCAACGGAUUGGGAGAUGUUCCAGAUCGACGACAGGUUCUUCCUUGCCGUCGCCAACAGUCAGCAGCUCUCCAGCCGAGGGCCGAGUCUCUACAACAUCAACUCCACCGUGUAUGAGCUGAACAUGUUCACCCAGACCUUCAUCCGCUUCCAGGACAUCCUGACUUAUAGUGCGGUGGACUGGGAGUUUUUUACCAUUGGAGACGAGAAGUUCUUGGUUGUGGCGAACUCUCACGAUGGCAGCUCGUACUCUCUGAACAGCGUUGUCUACAGGUGGCAGGGCUACGAGGGCUUCGUCCCUGUUCACAGUCUGCCCACGUUCGGCUGCAGAGACUGGGAACACUUCACCACUGAUCAGGGCUCCUUCCUCAUCUACUCCAGCGCCACCUCCAGGCUCAGCAAGGUGUUCAGACUGAGAACUUACUGAAGGUGUCUGAGUUCAGCUGGACCAGUCAGCUGCUGACAGGAUUGCUGACUUCUCCUCUCUGUUAGCUACAACCUCAAACUCUCUGAAGAAAAAACUUUAUUUAUACAAGAAGCACUUUUUAAACAUAAUUAUGAUAAGCUCUGCUGACAAGAACAUCAAUUUCAUUGAACUGUUUAAAAUGAUCAGAACCUACGUGAACUUGGUCAGUACUUUGAGCUGCAGCAACUGUUCAGUUUGAACACAACAACUCUGGGCCCGCUUUUCAAUGAUCCGUGAUUGUCCAGAACUCUGUCUUCAGUUCUGAUCAUCGCAGACAUCCCAGAGAGCUGCAGAUUGAUUCUUGUUGAGGUUUUUCACACUGCAUUUUUUCUGCUUCCAAUAUAUCAGUCCGUUCUGCUGCCGUUAAAUCUGCCAAGCAGACAGGUUGUUGGUUGUUCCACAACAGUUUUAGCAAAAAGAGAAAAAAUUAUUUAUAAACUAAUCAAUGUAAAAAAAAAACAUCCUGAGAAAGCAACACAUUAGGAGGUUAAAAGCUGAGAUUCCUAUUUAAGUGUACUUUUUGUGACCGAGAAUGGACCAAAGGAAGGGGACAUGGGAUAGGUAGACAAACGAUGAGGUCCAGGACAAUGUGGUACGAAACCACAAGCACAAAAUCCAGUUGUGUGUUGUCCAUCUUGUUAACAAAUAGCAGGACAAGGUCUUCUCAGUCGAGCUUUGUUUGCCUUUGGUUUCUUUUUACCACUGGACUGGAGGUGUGGUGCACUUUACUUCACAACAUCCCUGCGAUUCCACAGAACAGUGGAAACAUAAAGCAUACAGAUUACCCGGGAUUUCUUUUACCCAGGUAAAGAAAAUCCCAUAUAUUUAAAUUCAGGGACAUUUGGUAGAAAUGGGGCUCAAGCAUAUGCCUAAAUAGAGAAAACAUUCUGCAAACAAGCAAAUCCAGAUGGAUGAAAUGGGAAGUAUGCAUAAAUUCAAGAACAUUUCCUUUCCUUUUUUUUUCCAAACAAAAUCCAAUGGAGCACAGAUGAGGGUAAACCAGACCCCAUCUCAUCACCUCAUAUCAUCUCAUCAUCUCAUAAUGUCUCCAUGUGGGAAAAAGAGGAACUUUAUGGAAAGUUAGUUGGAGAUGCUCCUAAAUGAGAAACUCUCUGUAGGUGUUUCUGUUGGAUCACACAUAAAAUACAGCCUAAAAUGUUCCUUUAGGUCUGAAAUUAAUGACUUUAUCAGAUAUUUUUGUAAAGGAUGUUAAAUAUUCUGAGUAGUGAGUUUUUGUGAUGAGUUCUUUAAUAAUCUCUUUGCUUGCCCGUGUUUCAGCCACAGUUUGUCCGGUUUGUUUUUCUAAUUGCAUUUAUUUAUUGAUCUGUGUUUUUGCUGCUGGACGGUAAACUCACUGAUCUGAGAUCAGAUCUGCAGGGUGUCAGAAAUUUUUUUAAUGAAAUCAUAAACCCAUUUUGUCCUCGAAAGAGAGAAAGAAAUUCUUAGUUUAUUUUGAAGUCAGUUUUUUUUUUCUGUGAAACGUUUUCUAAUACUGUAUUUAACAUGAACAUAAAUA